AUGCUCAUCAAGAAGCCCGGCCUUCUGCUCAGCUCCUACCAGGGCGUCCAAUGCGCCUGCCCGCCGACCAAGUCGUCUAAUGCGUCAUCACCCGCCCGCCACCGCCGACACCACCCGCUGCAUAUCCGCACCCGCACCCGCACCUACGCCCACGUCGCUGGCGCCGACGCGAAUGGCUCUUGCGACAGCGAGCACUUUCCGUGGCCGCCGAGCGCAAUCCAGGGAAGGCUGCCGACGCCCUACGAAAUCUUCCGGCUGAAGAAGGGCUCGCCGUACAACAAGCGCGCUUUCUACGAGCUCGUCAAGGUCUACCACCCGGAUCGUCCUCUGCCCUCGCAUGUCCGAUCCGAUCUCUGCCCGCAUCCCGUGCGCCUCGAGCGCUACCGCUUGAUCGUCGCUGCCCACACCGUUCUGUCCGACCCGUCGAAACGCACCGCCUACGACCGCUGGGGCGCCGGCUGGGGCUCUGCAAGGGACAUCAGCCCCCCUCCAUACGAUCGCCCGUACAAGUGGACGCCCGGCGAAGACCCGACCGCCAAUGCGACGUGGGAGGACUGGGAGCGUUGGUACAACAGGGACCAGAAGAGCGACCAGCACCCCAUAUUCCUGUCCAACGGAGCCUUCGUAGGAUUGGUUGUUCUCGCUGCUGCCUUGGGCGGAUAUGGGCAAGCAACGCGGGCGGGUCAAUGGGGCAAUACCAUGGUUGAGCAGAGGGACAUUGUGCACGCCGAGACAAGCAGAGAAUUGAAGAGGGUCAGGCAGGCGGCCAUGGCGUGCGGCGAUCGCGAGCAAAGGAUCCAGAGCUUUUUGAGAAGUAGAGACAUUGCAACACAAACCGAAGAGGCGUACAGAAAGCUUCUUCCGUAUCAGGAGGUAUGCUCCAGUGAGGGUGUCAAGGGCGCCGAGUGCUGA